AAAACAAAAGAGAAGGAAAAUUUUCACCAAAAAAUAAUUCAGUUUUAUUGUGGAAAAUCCGCAUCCCAAUAUGGACAAUGACGAUCCUGUGGAGGAAGCAUCGAAUCAGCCCGCCGCUGCACCACUGGAAGUGCAUCCUGCUGAACGUGACGCUGGACACAGCCAGAGAUUGAACAGGAUGCGAUUCGUCCAGCCAUCGAUCCAUCAAGAAGAUGACAACGACGACGACGAAGAUGAAGAACAAGAAGAAAUGGAGGAUCCUGCAGCUCCGGAAGAUGUGAAUCAAGCGAACGUUGGUCAGGAUCCGGAUGAUUCUGACGUUAGCAUCGUUGAUGGGGGCAAUUCUUCGGACGAUCCUUCGAGCAAUUCAUCCGAAAACGGUCUGGAUGAUUCCGAUGCGGAUCGACUGUUUGAUGAUUACAUUCACACUCGUGAACAACAGCAAUCGACGGUUGCGGAAAUUUACAACACAGAACUGCCUACGGAACAUGCGUAUCUUGGAAAGUUGGAACGAGUAGAGGGAGUUGACUAUUUGGAGCCAGGAAAGGUUUAUCGUCUUCCGGUUUACAACCACCAUUCGAUUGUGUUUCCGGGUGAAAUCGUGCCGUUGAUCCUCAAUGCAGCUACACUGAACUGUGACGAUCCUUCCGAUGGGGUUAAAUUCGGAUUGGUGUUUAGGACCACGUUCCCGAACAACUUUAUCUACGGUGUCACUUGCCAGGUGUUUGAAAGGGGUGAACGGGACAUCAACGGAUCGAUUAUACUUAAGACCGUAGCCCAGCAGAGGUUCCACAUUGUGCAGCAGGUUCCCAGCAGACGGGCGGAUGUACUGAUUUUGCCGGAGAUAAUUCUUCCGGAUCCGCUGCUGAGUAGCUGUUCGAACCUGAUGAAACGACACGCAGUCAGUCACAACAAAAAGUAUUCGAAUCGUUUCAAGUCUUUCGUUUCGCACGCAAUGACGUGGCCAAAGUUUGUGUACGAUCUAUACGGCACCGAUGACGUGCUGACCAAGGUGGAUCGGUAUCUAGCGUUUCUGAAGAUAACGAGCGUGCCGAGCGAUCCGGUAAAGUUGUCCUUCUGGCUGGCUAGGAAUAUUCCCAUCGAUGAACGGGACCGGAAGCUGAUCUAUCAGGCGGAUGCCGUGAUCAGCCGAAUGUUGGUGAUCAAUAAAUCGCUGGAUCAUAUGUGCUACUUCAUUUGUAAACGAUGCGCAAACGAAAUUGGAAGCUACAACGACAUCUUUGCGAUGAACAAGCAGGGCGUUCAAACAAGUUACUGCAAUCCGUCUGGAUAUGUUCAUGAAACGCUAACCAUUUACAAGACGAAGGAAAACUCCACCUUCACCGUUGACCGACCCUCGACGGAUUUCAGCUGGUUUCCGGGGUACUCGUGGCAGAUUACGCUUUGUGCGAACUGUCGGCAGCAUUUGGGAUGGAAGUUCGUAGCCACCAAGAACAAUUAUCUGCCGAAAAGCUUCUACGGCCUGUCGGGCAACAACAUUCAGGUGAAAUCGGUCGGCGAAAGCAAUGCUGCCCGUACCGGUGCUAGCGACGAUGACGACGAAGAUGAAGACGAAGAGAUGUUGCAACAGCAGCAGCAAAGACAGCAACAGCAGCAGCAGCGACAGCAACAGCGCCAACGGCAGCAACAUCGGCGGCGGCGGCAAAUGGCCGAUGAUGUCGACAACAGCGAAACCGAUGAGGAUGUCGAUGUCGUGUACGAAGUGAUCGACAUGGAUCCGGACCUGGCCAACGCUGCCGGUGCCGAUGCUCCCGUACAAGUGGCCCCGGUUCUGCUAUUGGAAAGAAUCAACGAUGAUGUUGAGGGGGAGGAGGAAGAAGACGACGACGAAGAGCGAUUCCAGGAUGCGAGAGAGUAAACCGAGUAAACGCUCUGGCGAUCGAUUGUCUAUUAGGUAUGUAGAACUUGAUUUUGUUUCUGUGAGCUUUUGUUUAUUGGAGUCAAUAGUGCAUUUUUCUUAUGCUGUAUUCGUACCAUGAAGCGCCGUGAAGGUUGUUUAAAU